UCCGACCUACUUACAGUGCCCCUCCCCGGACCAUUCACCUACUCACGUCUAGCAGCCAACUACUGGGUCGCGAAUGAACCCUUCAGCAAAUGCCAGUUCCACGGAAGAAGUUAUGACAGCAGACACCUGGAUUGCACUUGGAAACCAAUAUCACGUCUAAACUAACGACCGACCACGUAACUGGCUGGUUGAAUCACUGCGAGCUCGUCUUCGCAAAUAUGGCCGUUUUUUAUUUAAUUGCAGAUUACUAUGGUUAUGUUCUGACAUCCCUGGUAGUUUUUCUUUUUAUCGCAUUUCUUUGUUAUUGUCUAUACAUAAAAUAUAUUCAUUUGAAAUAUGAUCACAUACCGGGACCACCAAGGGAUAGUUUUAUAUUCGGCCAUUUUCCAACAUUCUCCAGGGCGACGAGCAACGGCCGCAUUAUUCACGACAAGUUCCUGGAGUGGUCUGAAACAUUUGGACCAGUGUACCGUCUCAACGGUUUACAUGUUGUGAUGCUGUUUGUCACCUGUCCAGAUACCACCAAGGAGGUUUUGAUGUCACCCAAGUACCCAAAAGACAGACUAGUCUACAAGCGUCUGUUCAACCUGUUUGGACAGAGGUUUCUGGGAAAUGGCCUGGUUACGGCACAUGAUCAUGACCUGUGGUACAAACAGCGGAGGAUCAUGGACCCUGCAUUCAGCAGUCUAUACCUGCAGAGUCUGAUGGGUACGUUCAAUGAGAGGGCAGACAUGCUGAUGGAUAAACUGGGGGAAAUGGCAGAUACCAACACAGCUACUAGCAUGCAGCACAUGUUCAACUGUGUGACCCUGGAUGUCAUCACCAAGGUGGCGUUUGGAGUGGAUUUGGAUCUGCUGAAUGACAGUGACACUCCGUUCCCCAAAGCCAUAGAAAUGUGUCUAAAAGGGAUGGUCCACAGUACUAGAGACAACACAUUUCAGCUCAACCCAAAGAACUGGAAAUUCAUCAGCGAGGUGAAGGAUGCUGCUAAACUGCUGCGUACUACAGGCAGACAGUGGAUCAACGACAGGAAAAUGGCUGUUCAAAACGGGGAAGACGUUCCAAAAGACAUACUCACACAGAUCCUCAAGACGGCUGGUAGUGAGGAAAAGAUGGGAAAGGAUGAUAAGGAGCUUAUGCUGGACAACUUUGUGACAUUUUUCAUUGCUGGGCAAGAGACAACAGCCAAUCAGCUAGCUUUUGCUGUCAUGGAACUUGGAAGGCUGCCAGAGAUAUUGGCAAAGGUAAAGCAGGAAGUAGAUGAUGUCCUUGGAAUGAAGCAGGAAUUCAGCUUUGACCACCUGGGGAAAAUGACCUACCUGUCUCAGGUGUUGAAGGAGACUCUACGGUUGUACCCCACGGCACCUGGGACGUCACGCUCAAUCCCUAAAAACAUCGUCAUAGAUGGGAUCCACAUCCCUGCUGGAACCACGUGCUUUUUUAAUUCAUAUGUCUGUGGACGGAUGGACAAGUUCUUUGAAGACCCGUUGAAGUUUGACCCAGAGAGAUUCCAUCCAGACGCCGCCAAGCCCUAUUACUGCUACUACCCCUUUGCUCUGGGUCCACGUUCAUGUCUGGGACAGAAUUUUGCCCAGAUGGAGGCGAAGGUAGUAAUGGCCAAGCUGUUGCAGAGGUUUGACUUCAGCCUGCUGCCCGGCCAGUCCUUUGACAUCCUGGACACUGGCAGUCUGAGACCAAAGAGCAGAGUGAUGUGUAACAUCAGACACAGAGGACCGACACCCACUGGCCAAAUGGCACCUACAAAUGACUAAUACUAUUCAUUGAGGAUCGUAUAUGGUUAUUGUGUAGCUGGUCUUAAAACUUAAUAGAUAAUUUUUCAGACCUGUUCUGUCUGUAUACACUAACUAUUGUCUCCGGCUACAUAUGGAGCCAAUUUUGAAGCCACUUUUAAUAUUACUGAACAUAAAAUAAUUAGUGGUUCUACUUCAUGAAGAGAAUUUAUAGGACUGACUUCCCAUGGGAGUGUUUUACAAAUCCCUUGUUGUUUGGUAAAAAUACUUCAUCGGGUUACUGUUAUGCUUUGUACAAUUUCUCUAAAGUGUUUCAUGUACAUGUAAACUUCCUGACCAAUAUUACCACACUGCCUUUUGGUACAGUUAGUCAAUUUAAAUAAAUGUAUUUUGAAUUCUGCCAACAUCACUCAGCUGCACAAUAUUGUAAAUUGUCAACAAGGUGUUGCUUUGAAUGUGUAGGCAGAAAGGACAUUAGCAUGUUUUCACACAUUUCAGAUUUAUUUAACUCCAGUGCUUUGUGUGGGUGUCAUUCUAGGCACAUGUUCCGGGGUUAAAAAGAAUAUUCAGCUGGAUUCUGCUUUGAUAUUUCAGUAGCCUAAUUAGUCAAACGUUUGGAAACCAAGUCCACAUCGUUUGAAUUGUGUCAGCAUGCACUUCCAAUAAAACGUAGUCUACGUGUGUAUCUACUUAUUCAUACAUAGCAAUUAAGAGAGCUGUGGGAUUCAACUGACUAAAAGCAAGAUAAUACUUUACAGUGGUUGUAUUAACUUGGAGGGCAUAAUCAUGUUUAUAACAUCCAGCCAGGGGAUUUUGGCAUGCUAAUGUUGCCAUUACUUCACCCAGGUAAACGCUGCACACGUACCCGGCUGUCCACGUGAAAUAAAAGAAAACAUGACUUGCGACCUUUCACUGCUCCAAGGUCCAGUUCCGACGAUUGCGUACCCAUUUUAUGCCCUUUCUACGUAUUAUUGACCAAUGAAGUGUGAAUAGGACCAGUGCGACCGACACAGUUUCGCUCAGAGGUAGUCUGGUUGAAAAAACUGGGGGCGGUAAUUUUCAACAACACAGGCUUGCAAUACUCAUUAUGUCUGGAAAGGUUAAUUGUAGCAAGUAGAUGACCCCAAAUAAUGUUGUCUUUCUGUACCGAGGCCUGUUGGGUGUUGAUAGGACUCAAACGUUCAGUGUUAAAAUUCCAGUUUGACUUUAAGAAAGUUGCGAUUUCUGAACAUAGUCCUAACUAGCACUGGUAAAUUAUACUGUGUGUGAAUUUUUGCAUGGUGGGACUUUUCAGCUGGAAAGUAAUUUCAGAUAGAUGAUAAUGUAACCAGAGUGCAUCUUUAAAAAUUAUACUACAACUAAUAAUACAGUGAUGUUGGUAACAUCUCAGUCAGGCAUGUUAGUCCAGCUUUAAGUAUUCCAAUCUGCUCCUAUAGACCGCCUUGAAUUAAUAGUGGUCACUAUCUUACCUGUUGGUUUGUGGCCUCUCUCCCAUGCUCUGGCUACCUUUCUGACCAGUGUUAUUGUGAUGACAGCCUCUUUUCUGCAUAAAGUAAAUAUACAAAACAAUCCUAAAUUCAGCUGCUGGCCUUUUAUCAGAGAUCCUAUUCAAUGACUGAUUGAUUUACAUGAUUACUGAUCAACUGUCUGUUUUUGGGAUGGAACUUAUCAAUGAUUUACCUGUUGGUUUGUGACCUGUCUCUCCCAGGCUCUGGCUACCUUUCUGACCAUUGUUAUUGUAAUGUCAGCCUUGUGCAAAUCACUUUAAUAGGCGUUCUUCCUUUCAAAUCAUUCAAUAUUACUUUUUCACUCAGCCAUAGGAACUCUUUUAUCUAGCAAGCAAGCUACUAGUACUGU